AUGCCUGUGCCACCCGUUCAACUCCCACAACCGGAACUUGACGAUUCACUGAAACCGGACACACUGUCCGAACAAGACUUAUUGUCAAAGCCUGCGGCUGCUGAGAUUGAUCAUCCGGAAGCCAACGAGGAUCAUCGCAGUCCUAUUGAAGAUUUAUUGGACGGAAAGUCGUGUCCAUUCACAGCGGGUCUCGCAUGCGCGAUUGUUGAUGAUGCCACUUCGGAGUCUGCAUUCAGAAAACUGUCCAGUCCGCCAGCAGUGGACUUAACCAAAAAUGUUGCCGAUUUGACCAAACCCACUGAACUUGACACUACUGGAGCCAAGAUACCAAACGGAACUGCAACGCUGCAUUCACCAAUGAAACUCAGUCAAAGAAGCGCUCCAGGAUCGUCACUAGGCGAUAGUCUUACAUCGCCGUUAUCACCAGAUUCUACAAACACUCAGGUCCUAGCAUUUUUCAUCGCUCUUUCUUACCACUCUGAUGACUUUAUCGCUGGCGCUAACCAUCCUGCGUUGGACGACGUUAUCGAGAAUUUGGCUGGUGAAUCGGAACGUGAGGAUAACGUGCGAGAUUUCACACCGGAUUCUGAAGAUGAAAAACAUCUGCUACAACAGCAACAUUGUCAACAAGAACAGCAAGAACUUCUUCACCGUAAAACAAAUGGUGGCACUGAGCAUAAUCUAGCUGCUCAACAUGCGCAAGAGGAUGCGGAUGCUGGAGAAUUCUAUAUGCCACCGAUAACUGGUGGUCCAACGCAUCGUAUGCGUGCCAGUGUUGGAGGACCUGCCAGCCAACGGUUUUCAAUGGGUGGUAGUGGUGGUUCGGCAUCCAAUAAACCAAAGCUCUCACAACCGCUCUAUUUCGAUGUGGUUUUCAUACCGCAUCGUGGUGCACAUCCAACUUUGCCCGACGAAGCGGCAGCAAAAGCUUUCGCCACCAGUGUUCGAUCGAAGCGAUAUGUUAUUAGCGGUAAAGAUGCAAUCAAACCGUAUAUUUUGGAUGGUCUCGUGGCCGGAAAAACCCUUUGGAAUAAACCAGGUUUGUGA